AUGGACACUUGCAGGCAUGCGAGGAAAUUGGUAUGGAUCAUUGGGAAAGUCAUUCAAGGACAAAUUUGGGCAUGUUGGAAACUACUUCUUGAGUGGAAUGGCUGGCAUGAAAAAAAUCAAAAAAUCAUGGGAGUUUCAUACUCUUUUACUGAAGAAUUUGUUAGUGUCUAUGGAAUGCUUGCACUCCUACCUAAUUCUCUGCAAUCGAGAAACAUAUCUUCCUCUCCUGGACAUAACAAAUCUCCACCAUUAAUUAAAGAGAUUCAUAUGAAUGAUCUCAUUGGACUACCAGGAGAAAAGACUUUAUCGGAGAUAGGAAUUGCAAGAACAUUAGUAUCAAUGGGUCACCAAGCUUCUGGAGCCCUAGAGCUUUGGAACUAUCCAUCAUGGCUUAGAGAUUUAGUACCACAUAACUUAGAUGGAACAGAAAGAUCUGAUCAUGUGGACUUAGCUGCUCUUGAAAUUUACAGGGAUAGAGAGGGGAAAGUAGCAAGACAUACCAAUGGGAAAUUUUAA